AUGUCGACUCCCUCCUCCUCUCGACCUUCGCCAGUCCCAAUGAGUUCUUCACCAACACCAGACUCAUUUAGAGGGCGGUCGGGAAGCCCAUCUUCAAGAGAUAAAUCAACCGCUCGAUUAGCUUCACCAGUACCUUCUCAUCAAGGCACGCCUCAGAUUCGCCAGAUAUCUACUCCUAAACAAUUCGCCGCGUCAGACUCAUCCGAGAAUAUCCCCCCAUUGCCUCUGGCUGGUGCAGGUGGCCCGGCAUCCUAUGCGCCUGGCCCAGGCAUUAGCGCGUUAGCUGCUGCUCUUUCGAAUUCUAUCGGGCAAACUCCUCCCAGCUUUGGAACACCUCCCAUCCGUCCAUUAUCACCAGCUGCUGCCGGCAAACAAAUACAAGGCACAGGAGUGCAUAGCAAUUACGGCUCUAUUCCACGAUCCGUGCAAGGAGGGCAAGGAUGGGCUGGUCCGACAGCCUACGAAGAUCCAGAAAUUAUAAAGAGACAUUUGGUACAACCGGUACCUUCGCAGCUCGGGGGUGACGGUGCUGGUGAUGGAAUCUUUGGACCAAGCGGACAAUCACCAUCAUUCCGUGUGGGUUCUCCAGCUAGUACAUCGAAGCAAGCAAUUGAAAAUGUAGCACCUGGGCUAGAUGAUGACGAGUUUUCAAGUCUGCGAUUACAGGGUGGUGAUGUUACUAGGCCUAUAUACAGAUGGACUGAAGAUGCCCAUAGAGCAAGUCGAUCUCAGAGAAGUAAGAGCUUCCAUAUUUCGCGACCAGAAGCAGAGAACGAAGUCCUUGACAUAGGUACAAUCAAAGUGCCAGGCGGUUUCAGACGAAACUAUCUACGCCGAGCAGCAGGCAGCCCGACUCCUGAAGGUUUGGAUAUGGAAGAAGGUGGAGGGCUUACGCAACGACAGCCAAAGAUAUUUACCAACAAUUUCCUCGAGUUUUUGACUAUCUACGGUCACUUUGCCGGUGAGGAAUUGGAAGAAGACGACGAGGUGCUCGGGCCUGAUGAAUACUUUGGAUCAGAUGCGGUCUCUGAUGACUAUGGUGAUGCUAGUGACGAAGACAGGGAGCCCAUGGAAAAUAGUGCUCUGCUGACACCUGGUCGCCGGAAAAGAAAGCGCAAGGAGCGCGCACCACAGGGAACAACCACUCCCUUCCAAGCUUCAUUGCUAUUGCUCAAAUCUUUCGUUGGAACUGGCGUGUUAUUCCUACCAAAAGCGUACCUCAACGGCGGAAUGCUUUUCAGUAACGUCAUCCUUAUUUUGGUUGCACUUUUGAGUUAUUACUGCUUUGUAUUGCUCGUCAAUACGCGGCUAAAGGUCGAAGCAUCAUUUGGAGAUAUGGGAGGUGUUCUAUACGGAAGAUGGAUGCGAACGGUCAUUCUCGCAUCGAUCGUUAUUAGUCAGAUGGGAUUCGUGGCUGCAUACAUUGUAUUCACAUCAGAGAAUCUGCAGGCUUUUAUAGCAGCUGUGACCAACUGUAGAGUUCACUGGGAGGUCUCAUGGUUGAUCUUGCUUCAAAUGGCUAUUUUCUUGCCAUUCUCGCUUUUGCGCGAUAUCAGCAAGCUUGGGUUUACCGCACUGAUAGCAGAUGCGUUCAUUCUUGUCGGCUUGAUUUAUCUCUAUUACUAUGACAUUUUCACAAUUGUGAAGCAGGGUGGUAUCUCUGAUAUCGUCAAUUUCAAUCAGCAAGACUGGACAUUGUUCAUUGGUACCGCCAUUUUCACUUUCGAAGGAAUCGGCUUGAUCAUACCUAUUCAAGAAUCCAUGAAGAACCCCAAGAAAUUUCCUCCCGUUCUUGGUAUGGUCAUGAUCAUCAUCAGCGUAGUAUUCAUCUCCAUGGGUGCUCUUUCGUACGCUGCAUUUGGGUCCCAUGUAGAAACAGUUGUCCUACUCAAUCUCCCCCAGGAUGACAAGAUGGUUAAUGGAGUUCAAUUCCUCUAUUCAUGCGCCAUUCUUCUAUCAACUCCCCUACAGAUCUUUCCGGCCAUCAGAAUCACAGAAAACGAGCUCUUUACCAAAAGCGGAAAAUACAAUCCUUAUAUAAAAUGGCAGAAGAACGUCUUCCGCUUCUUCGUCGUUGCUCUCUGUGCGUCGAUCGCAUAUGUUGGUUCCAAUGAUUUGGAUAAAUUCGUCUCUAUUGUCGGAAGUUUUGCUUGUAUUCCAUUGGUCUUUAUAUACCCGCCAAUGCUACAUUACCGCGGUGUAGCCAGAACGCGCUUCCGCAAAGGGGCAGACAUCUUACUUUGCAUAUUCGGCUUGGUGGUCAUGGUGUACACUACAGCAUUAACCGUCAUCAGUUGGACAAGUGCUGCUGAUACUGUCCCGAACGUAGGCUAUUGUGAUAGAAAAGAUAGAGCAGGAGGGGAGUUGCCAAUGUUUUAA